CCACGGCCCGCCUUUUGCAUUCCACCCAGGAGGGAUCGCAGUGGAGAUGAGGAAUUCAGAAGAGCAAACCUCAACGACAGUUUUACAGCGUUUGCUGCAGGAGCAGCUCCGAUAUGGGAAUCCCAACGAGAGCCGCAGCCUCUUUGCUUUGCACCAGCAGGCCACCCUGCCUUUUGCCAGCAGUGGGGGCCCCGGGGCUCCCAACGAAGGGCUGAGCAACCAGGACCACCCCAUUGGGACCCAUGUUGCUCGCCAGGAGCCCCAGGGCCAGGAGAUUCAAAUGGACAACAGUAUCAUGGAGAAGCAGCUCUCGUCAAGGCUCCAAACAGGUGAGGACCUCCCGACCUAUGAAGAAGCCAAAGUUCAGUCUCAGUACUUCAGGGGUCAACCACAUGCGAGUGUUGGAGCCGCGUUUUAUGUCACCGGCGUCUCCAACCAGAAGAUGAGGACCGAAGGGCGCCCCACGGUGCAGCGGCUGAGCCCAGGGAAGGUCCACCAGGACGAAGGACUGAAGGAUCUCAAGCAGGGUCACGUCCGCUCCCUGAGUGAGCGGUUGAUGCAGCUGUCCCUGGCCACCAGCGGCGUGAAGGCCCAUGCCCCUGUCACCAGUGCCCCGCUUUCCCCUCUCUCCUCCCAGCAGACUAAUGACUUCUACAAGACUUCUGGGGCAGGCCCUCUGCAGCCCGGGGUGAAAGGGUUAGAGCACAGGGGGCCUCCUCCCGAGUACCCAUACAAGAAUGUGUCCAGCCCGUCCAUGAGCUGUAAGCCACUGGAUCCUGGGCAUUUCUAUAGUGACUACCGCCUGCCCCAGCAAGGACGCUCUGAUGGGCCCACAAUGAGGUACCAGCAUCCCCCUGAAUACGGCUCAUUCCGGCAAAACCCAGAGAUUCAACUGCCAUUCCAACAACGACUUCCCCACCACCACAGCCCGACCUCUUCACUGACCUCUUUGGGGUCCCUGACGCUGUUGCCAUCACUUCCGCCUUCCAGGCUGUCGCCUUCUCAACAUCAGCCACCUCUGACCCCUAGCCACGGAGACCCCUUCUCUCUGCCCCGGACGCAGCAGCUUUUUUUGCCCAACCAGAUUCACCAGGGUGACCUUUAUCGAUUCUGCCAACCUCUUACUGGACAGCAUCAAGGGGACUCUUACUCGGCCCUGCCCAGGCCCCCACCAGCACCGUCUCCCUAUCAGCAAAUGCCGGUGGACCCCUAUGUCAUUGUCUCCAGGGCCCAGCAGAUGGUGGAGAUCCUCUCCGAGGAGAACAAGUCUCUACGGCAAGAGCUGGAUGGAUGCUAUGAAAAAGUAGCAAGGUUGCAAAAGCUAGAAACAGAAAUCCAACAAGUUUCAGAGGCUUAUAAAAAUCUGGAGAAGUCUUCUUCCAAGCGGGAGUCUCUGGAAAAGACCAUGAGAAACAAGCUGGAAUGUGAAAUCCGUAGACUUCAUGAUUUUAAUCGUGACCUCAGAGAUCGUAUGGAUACUGCUAAUAAGCAACUUGCAGAGAAAGAAUUUGAAGGCACUGAGGAUAACAGGAAAACCAUCUCCCAGCUCUUUGCACAAAAUAAAGAAACACAGAGGGAGAAGGAGAAACUGGAAGUGGAGCUAGCAGGUGUUCGCUCAACUAAUGAGGAGCAACGGAGACACAUUGAGAUCCGUGACCAGGCAUUGAACAAUGCACAGGCCAAGGUUGUAAAGCUUGAGGAAGAACUGAAGAAGAAGCAGGUUUAUGUGGAGAAGGUGGAGAAGAUGCAGCAGGCGCUGGUUCAGUUGCAGGCGGCUUGUGAGAAGCGGGAGCAGCUGGAGCACCGGCUCAGGACUCGGCUGGAAAGAGAACUCGAAUCGCUCCGGAUGCAGCAGCGCCAGGGAAGCUCUCAGACGGCCAACGCCUCCUCCGAGUACAGUGCUGCUGGCCUGAUGGAGCUCUUGCGCGAAAAGGAGGAGAGGAUCCUGGCUCUGGAGGCAGACAUGACAAAGUGGGAGCAGAAGUAUCUAGAAGAAAGUGUCAUGCGUCAGUUCGCACUGGAUGCGGCAGCCACUGUGGCUGCUCACCGAGACACCUCUGUCAUCAGCCCUUCGCCCAACACCAGCUACGACACUUCCCUGGAAGCUCGCAUCCAGAAGGAAGAGGAGGAGAUCCUUCUGGCUAACCGGAGGUGCCUUGACAUGGAGGGCAGAAUCAAGACUCUUCAUGCGCAGAUCAUUGAGAAGGACGCCAUGAUCAAGGUCCUUCAGCAGCGGUCCCGGAAGGAGGCCAGCAAGACUGACCAGCUGUCUUCCAUGCGGCCUGCCAAGUCCCUCAUCUCCAUCUCCAACGCUGGCUCCGGCUUGCUCUCCCACUCCUCCACACUCAGCAGCACCCCCAUCCUGGAAGAGAAGAGGGAGGACAAGAGCUGGAAAGGCAGCUUAGGUGUUCUGCUGGGAACAGAAUGCCGCUCGGAGUCCAUCCCUUCCACCCCCUCACCGGUUCUUCCCUCCACGCCGCUGCUCUCUGGGCACUCCAAAACGGGCAGUCGGGACUGCAGCACUCAGACGGACCGGGGCAGUGAGCAGAGCAAGGCCCCUGCCGCCUCCCCUGCGCCCCCCACAGCAGGAAGACUCCCAAUGGUGAAUCUGGCCUACGGGGCAGACAAAUCAGAUGGCUCUGUUUUCCAUUCCAGCACCCUAGAAAGGAAAAACUCACCUCAAAAUUUGGGGCAGGACCUCAAAGAAGGAGAAAUGGUGGAGUAUCUUAUUUGAAAAGAACGUGCUGAAGACGUAGCAAGAAUAAUUUCUUCGGAUACUUUUUAAGAUAGAAAUUACAGUUACUGUCUCAUAAAGGAACCUUUUUUAUUUGUGUAUAUACUUUUCUCUCAAAGUUAUGAACAGCUUAACUUAUAAUUUGUUCCAAAAUUAUUAAACUAGAUUAAGAAUUGUUUUUCUUACCUUUUUUUUUAAAUUACUGGAUCUGGUAGCAGCUGGAUGAAAGUAAACCAAGGUCUUAAAUGCACUACAUUUUUAAAAUUACAGUAUUUUUUAAAAAGUUUGUAUUUAAGAGAAACUUGUUAGCUCUCUGGAUAUCCAUAAUGCCUUUCCAAGCCAGAGUCCGCUAUUUUUGCAAGACGGGCAAUGGGGCUGCCACGUUUUGAGUAUUGAAUUUCCUGAAGUCUCUGGUUUCCUUAAAAUCUUUGAGCCUCGAAGAGGAGGAGGGAAACUUCCUUUCCAUGCUUUCCUUCUGAGAUGAAUGUCCCAUUUUUGUAAAACAUUCCAGAACUGGAGAAAAAAAAUCCAGACUUUCACAAUGUGCCUGCACUUAGAUUUUUUUUCUUUAAUGUUUGUGUCUUGUCUGAUAUCUUGAAGUUUUAGGGGAUGUCAUUUUCAUGCAUCAUGAUAAGGAAUAAUAUCCACUGUCCAGUUUUGGAUGAUGAAGCCUGUGAGGAACUGCUUCUGCAUGGAGCCUGCUCAGUCCUGAGGAAGCCCAGGUCAUUCAUUCAUUCAUUCAUUCCCCUGGAUGGACCAGGCGGAGGCUUCAGGGCGCUCUCUGAACACAGAGGCUGAAAGGCCUUUUUCCACUUUUUCAUUCCCAAAUGGUUUAACUGUAUCUCUGAAUCCUUGUAUAUUAUGAUUUAGUGCCUUACUCGAGGCAAUAUUUACAACAGGGUCAGUAUUUUCAGAAAUAAUAAAAGGUGGAUCAAAACACUUGCAAUUUUCUGAAAUGCUCCUUUCCGCACAAUAAAAUAAAAUAGAUAUUAAACUUUGGGGUUUUCUAUUCCCUAGCCCAUACUUCCAGCCACAGGUAUACUUUGGGAAUUCAGUAAAUUUUGUACAUCGGGGUAGUCAAGACUGCAAAAGUACAUUUUAGUAUUUUCAUUUAGUUUCUAGUAGAAAUAUAUUUACAUGUUAAUGACUGUCCAAAUAAAUACCACAUUGAUGUAUAUUAAAUUGGGGAACUUCACUGAAAAGCAAAGAGCAAGUUUUGUAAUCUUUGCACAUCUGGACUAAGCCAAUUGUCCUUUGAGUAGGCUUUACUUUCUUGUCCUUGAGAAGGAGCCUUUUAAUGGCCGGCCUGUUACAUUAGGUGCUUUUCUUGGUGAAAGGGACACGUCCUGCUAAAUACUCCAUGAUUUUGAAUAAUUUCUUGCCUAUAACAUUAAAUUAGAGUGGAAUGGGGGAGGGGAGCUAAUUCUCCUUAAAUUAGCAGACAUCUUUUUUUGCAGUACUCACAGAAUAUUAAUUUGGGUAAGGCCAAAGCACAUGAGAGCCUGUAACUCCUUAGCAUUUGAAAUACACCCUCUCCCUCCUGAGAAGUGCCUUAAGCAUCCAACAUUUGGUGUGUUUAAGAAAACUGAGCUUUUGCUUUGCUUGAACAAGUUGCAAUCUUUUCCUUACAAUUGUCAUAUAGCUGUGCCUUUUCUUCUGGGGAGUUUUUGGGAAGGUUGCUUUGCCUGGUAGAACCCAGAUGGUGGGAUAUAUAGGAUCCUUUCAGGGGUUGGGGGGCACCCACCAUUUCUCCCCUCCUGCAGAGCUGAUUUCUGAUGAAAAUGAGUCUAGGCAGGAUGCUGUAUCCCUCGGGGUUGUGCUGAAACCAAGCUUAGACUAAGAGUUUAACACAAACUCGGGUAAUAGAAGCAAGGAUAUACAAAGUUGUGUAAUGGAAAGCUGUGUAGUCCUGCAGUUUUUAUCCAAUGAGGAACAGUCCUGUGAGCCUGGAGGUGCCAGAAUGCCGAGUUGUUUGGGAAAUGCCAAUUUCUUUGCUUGUGAACAUGUUGAACCUGGAGAUGUGGCUGAGUUCUAAACAUGUCAAAUGUUUUUUUUUCCACUUGGUGCAACUAUGUAUUUUCUCUGUACCUGUGUAGGAACGCGUGUCCAUGUCUAGAAUGCGGCUCCCAUGAUCAUUGUAAUUGUACUUUAUUUCCAGUAUGAAGAAAAUACUUUUGUUUCAGAAAA